AUGGCAACCCAAGAGCCUAAACCCGCAGUGGUCUGCGUUUUCUGCGGCUCCUAUCCCGGUAACUCUCCUAGCCAUCUGGAAGCAGCUCGCGCGCUUGCGCAAGAUUUCCACAAGCACAAUGUGCAGCUGGUUUACGGUGGUGGUACCGUUGGUAUCAUGGGAGAGCUCGCCAAAACCCUGGUAUCAUUAUCAGGACCAAAGUCGGUCCAGGGAAUUAUCCCGCAAGCCUUGGUCGAGGUCGAAGAAGGCUACAAAGGCUCAGCAGCAGACACGCAAAGCAAGGAAGGCAAGGCUGCUGAGCGUGUCGUGAACCAGUCCGUACAAGAAUCCAACUUCGGCAUGGUGACCAUCGUCCCCGACAUGCAUACCCGCAAGAGAUUGAUGGCCCAGAAGGUCCUUGAAGGCGGUCCCGGGUCAGGCUUCGUUGCCCUUGCUGGUGGAUUUGGCACCAUGGAGGAACUCAUGGAAAUGACCACCUGGAACCAGCUUGGUAUCCACAAGGCGGGCAUCGUCCUACUGAACAUCAACGGCUACUGGAAUGGGAUUCUCCAGUGGAUCCAGGCCGCUGUCAAAGAGGGUCUGGUGAGCCCUGAGAAUGCUCGUAUCAUUGCAGAGGCUACAAAGGUGGAGGAAGUUCUUAAGAUGCUGAGGGACUAUCAAAUCAGCAGUGAUCGUAUGGCGUUGAACUGGGGACAAGAAUAA